GAGGCGGGCGCCCGUGCGUUAUGCAGUGGCGCAGCGUAGCGCGGUUGGCCUCCCGCCAGCUGCGGUUUUGGAAACGUCUCAGAGCGAUGGCUGCCCUAGGCAGUGCCGACGCACUAGCCGAGCUGACUAGCGCGCGGGGAGUCGAAGAACGCUCUGCAGCCGCAAGGUCGCGGCGCUCAAUCCACGUCAACAAACCACACACAGCAGCCGGGGCGCCACUUUACCCAAGAUUAUACAACAGCCAUGGAUCGAGGACCAACAUCCAUACACAGGAUGCCUCCAGAGUUGACACAGAAGAUAUUUUCAUACUUGCCAGAUGACGACCUUGUCAACUGCGCUUUCCACGUGUGCAGAAGAUGGAAGGAAAUAGCAACCUGCACCAAACUGUGGGGAACGCGGAAGCUAUGUGUGAGAGACAAAAACCUCGGAUCUCAGCUGUCAGAUCUGCUGUGGAACACUGCCUUGUUGCGUUUCUUCUGCGUCAAGAAAGCGAGCGCUUUUCGCGCCAAGUACAGCGGUGGCAACCUCGUGGUGAAUAAUGGCCCAGUCAACAGCUCCGCCGACCUCAGUCUGGCCCAGUUCAAGGCGUGUGCCUUCAUGAGUCACGUCAAGAGUGUAAAAAUGGAGGACGACAUCCUCGUCAUGUGUCUAGGUGACCCAGAGGACAGGCCCACUCCCCGCAAGGAGAUCGUAUGCAAGCCAAAGAAUGUUACGGCUCAUAAAUCGUGCAACGUUAAGCCGGAGGAGCACAAGAACUGCCUGUUCGAGGGUUCGGUGAGUGGGUCGAAGGUAGGAGACGUCGUGGUGGUUACCAGACUGGGCCCGCCUGAGCAGAGUGUGUACAAUCCUGGUCCCGCGCCUCCCAAAGCUCCGGAGGUCCACAAAAAGGACGAAAGCGGCCCGAAAGAGAAGCCGAAGUACUGUGGCUUUGGGGACGAGGCCCUGGCCACGGUGUUCAGCUGCUGUCCCGCAUUGGAGAGCCUCGACCUGUGGGGACUGCAGCUGUCGGACAACACGCUGCAGCUGCUGGCGCUCUGCAGGCAGCUAACGGCCUUCAGGCUGGCCAAGUGCACCGGAGUGACGUCACUGGGUUCGCUGGCGCGCUGCAGAAAGCUGUCCCACUUGACUGUGGACACCUGCCCAGACCUCGGGGCGGCCGCGCUGCGGCAGCUCGCCCAGAUGCCCAGCCUCGAGUCCAUCGAGCUGUACGAGUGCGACAUGUCUGGCUUCCCGUUCGCGCAGAUCGUUCCUGGCCUGCCACUGCUCUCAAGCAUCACCAUCGUCAACUGCAAAGGUUUCAGCCAGAAGGAUCUGUCCCUCUUCGACAGAGAAGACUUGGACCUUACCAUAGAGUUUGCGCAGAAUGCAGCAGAUCCUUAGAUUCUAUCAUGUCCACGAAACACUGCAUAUGUAAGUGAGUUGAGGCUAAUAACACACACUGAGUGUGCAGUGUCUCAUUUCAUUUUUCUGGUGUUCUUGAGUGCGUUAAUGGGCUUGGACUCACCGCCUGACCUUUUCGGCUGUGAUUGUAUCAGUGGUGGCCAAGAGAACUACAAGGAGUCGAGAAAUCUAUUUUCGAUAACUUAAGGGACUCAAAGGCACGGUCCUGAACCGGAAACCUUAACGAGUACAACCUCGCUGCAGGGGGCUUCAAACGCCUCUACCACGCAGUGGGCUGUACUUGCAAAGUUCUCAGUUCUCAGAUGUGUAAUAAGCCACUGUGCAGGGAAAAUAAUGGUAUUAUUUUUUGUGUUGCUAUAGAGAUUAAAACAUUUUUGAGUACCUAGCUCUAGACUUCAACUAAAAACUAAAUUACUUCAUUAGUUUCAAAUGAAGCAAUAUGGUUCCAGAGACCUUUUCAUGCCUCAGACAUCUGUGAUGUAUAUAUGCAGACUGAAGGACGAAUGAAAAUUUCUAUCAAGUCCUGGAUUCGUAUCUGGGUUUUCUGCUCACUUGACAAAUGCGCUGAUCACUACAUCACCUCGGUACAGUCGCCCUGCACUACUGCACAGGUUAACUUGGCACACCUCCCUUCACAAUCUAAGUGGGCUGAGGCGUGAAUGGGAAUGUCGAUUGAGAAGAGAGGCAUGAAUACUCUGUACAGUUUUGCAAAUCCCCUGAACCAGCGAGGCGUAGUGACUAGUGCAUCAGACCUGUGAGCAGGAGACCUCGGUUCGAAUCCCAGUAUUGGUACAAAUUUUCAUUCAUCUCUUGGUCUGCAUAUACACAUUUAGUAUUUUCGUCAGAUUUGUUUCCCAAAUAUUGUAUCCGCUAGUGUUUCCAUAAGCAUUUUUAAAAAUUAAUGGAGUAAUUCUUAGCGAAAUUACUUAGGGCAAUGUUAAUGGAAAAUAAAAAGUGUACAGAGUCUUAAA